AUGACAACAACAGGUUUAAGAUUAUGCCGUUUACAUGUGUGGCCGAACUAUGUCGCUUUUGGUUUCUCAGUGAGAAGCGGUGAUGAAGCUCCUCACACGAUCGGAACUAUCAAAGGUGGCAGUCCUGCCUCUACUGGCGGUCUCAAAGAUAACGAUGUUAUUUUGAUGAUAAACGGUGUUGACAUCUCGGAGGAAGAACAUGAAACGGUUAUCGAUCUCAUCUUUGAGGCGCGGGAUCGAGCACGUACUAUUCUCCUACUUGUUUGUGAACUGAACGAGUAUAAAAUUGAAAGAAAAUUCGAUUUGAAAAAUGCAAUAAAACUAGAAUCCCCACGACAGUCACCAUCAACCUGCGUCAGUUGCGAAAAGCCACGUCAAGUUCAAUGUCUACAUUGCUCGAAAUUCGUUUGUCUCAAUUGUGCUCAAAAGCACAUAGAAAAUGUGAAUAAUCAGAUCGACGACGCUCAGAAUCUAUUCAACAGCAAAACAGAUAUUCUAGACCGUAUUCACGAACAAACAAAGGCGGAUAUUGAAGCCAGUUUUAAAAGCAAUGUUGACAAAGCCCAAGAGAAAAAAAAUCGUCAUUAUUCUCAGCUAUCACAAAUGAUCGAGAACAAGAAACAAAUGAUUAAUGAAAGCAGUAAAAUACUGAUGAAUUCGCCGGUAGACAAAGUUGAACAGUUUAUUCGUCAAACCACGUGGGAAUUAAAUAAACUUAAUGAACAAGAAAGUUUUUUCCAGAAUUUAGAACAAUAA